ACUGUAUGUGCUUGUAAUACAUUGUGUAGUGUCUGUUCAAUUGUGAUAUUUAUUUAUUUUCUUAGAAAAUGGCUAUUGUAAACUAACGAAAUAUUACACUAAAGUUUUUGAUUGAAAACUUGUAUAUGAUGAACAGUAUGCCAGACCUAAAAAGCCCAAAAGCAGCUAAGGUCAAAAUCAAAACUCCAAACAUUUAUCCAAAGCUCACCGCAUUGCCUCUGAGACCACCUCCAAAUGGAUAUACAUUACCACUCAGUUUGACAAAAACAGAACUUCUAGGUUUUGCAUAUCACAACAAUCCAAGAGCACAAUAUAUUGAUGAUUUAGCAUCUCGACUUAGGAAGCAAAUGGAACAGAGGAAUCUUGAAAAUUUUACAAGAUUGAAUGAAGAAACUGGAAAACUUGAAGUUGAUGUUCCUUUGAACGCAGACACGCCCGGCAUCACAUGUUUAUCUUCAUCGAAAAGUCCUGAAAAAGAUUUUCACACUGCGAUAAAAAAUCGAAUUUUUGAAUGCAUGAGGCAUCAUGCUAAUUCAAUGAAAAAUAAUUCUCAACAACAAACACAAAGUGUUAUAUCAGAAAAAGCAGUUCUCCCUGAAACAGAAAAGGAACAUACUGCAUCAAAUACGCCUCAAACGAUACCAGAUUCUUCAAAUCUAACUUCUGAACUUGGAGCUAGAACUGUAGUUGUCAGGUCAGAGGCGGCAGAAGAGAACAAUGUUACUAAAACUUCAAAAGAAGUUUCUGCUGUCGAUGGCGUGAAUGAAGGAAUGUCUAGCAGUUGUGCAUUUUUAAAAUCAAUUUUGUGUAUAGAUAACGGAAAAAAGUUUCAAUCGGAUCCUAAUGCCCCUGCAAACAACGCAAUGUACCAACGACCGGAAGAUGCAGCUGAACUACCAUUUUCAAUCUUGACGAUUCGAGAUCAACGCGAGUAUUUGAAACUCACUGGAGAUACGUUUGUACAAGAUGCUCCAUGUCAUGAAAUAUCAAAAAUGUAUGGAGUAGAGAUGAGUGGACCCAUAUUUGGUGAAGAUAGUUGGUGCAAAUGUAGAGAAUGCAGAUCAGCAAAACAAAAUGAAAAUAUGGCUGUGUUUUGUAGAUUCUAUGGUUUCAGAAAAUUGAGGUUUAAAGAUAAGCUGUUAUGUACAUCUGGCUUUCUUCUUCCUGAAGAAUGCACAGAAAAAGAUCUUCAAUUAUGGCUGCCUCAAAAACCUUGCUUUUGGGAAGAUACCAAAGACUGUACAGAUAUUUUAAGUCCAAACGAUCCAUUGGACGAUACCAUGAGUCAAUUUCUACUCACACACAUAGCAAAAAGAUUCUGUAGUAUUGUUAUUCAUGAGAAAAAAGCAAGAUCAUGGGUUGGAAAAGACGAACAAAUAUAUUGGAAAAGGCCUGUUAUAAGUGUCAGAGAAAUGUGUGAUGUAUGUGAAACAACAUUAUUUAAUAUGCAUUGGGUUUGUCGGAAAUGUGGAUUUGGUAUUUGUCUUGAUUGUUAUGAAAGGAGAAUGGAGAAAACAGAGUCAGAACAAGAUGUUUAUGAUUCUGACAAAUCAAAUCAUUUUCGAUGGUUGAGAUGUACUAAAGGAAAAACUCAUUAUCAUUCAGAGAUGCUUCCAACACAAAUUAUACCAAGUACGUGCCUCAUAGAUCUUGGUAAUAUGAUGCACGAUAUUUGUUCUGCUCGUAAUAUUGUAUCUUCAUGUCCAUGUGAAAAGAAGACGUACUCGUCUAUGGAGAUUCUCAUGAAGAUUCAUAAAAUGCAGCAAAAACAAUCUGUAUCUUCCAAUCCUGAAACUAAUUCUUCUGCAGAAGAGCAGCCUACAGAGGAAACAAGCAAGAAACGGAAAUCGUCAGCGAGCAAUUGGUUAUCAAGUAUCAACGCUCACGAACAAAAAUGCAAAGAACGGAAAUUGAAUCACAGCCAUUCUAGAUCAAUAAGUAACAAUAAAGGCAUUUGCUUGAAAGACAUGAUUGCAAAAAGAAUACAAAACCAAGAUCAGCUCCGGAAUACUUCAUCACAUCAGAAAGAUGAAGACUAUGCACAACGAAACUGGUUAUGUGAAGGAAGACUAUUGCAACUAUUAGACAGCCAACAUCCGAAUAAUACUGAUAUUUUUAAAUUGCAUUGGAAAUAUGGAAUGCCUGUCCUUGUUUCCGGUGUUGGAAAAUAUCUUAAUAUGGAUUUGUGGCAUCCCAGUCAGUUAUCAAGAGAAUAUGGAGAAGAAAAUUCUAAAAAUUCUAUGGUUAAUUGCAUGUCUGGCUCUAUCAUUACUAAUAUGAAGAUCAGAGAUUUCUGGGACGGAUUUGAAAAUAUUUCACAACGUCUUCUUGAUGAAAACGGCAAAACAAUGAUACUGAAGUUAAAAGAUUGGCCUCCUACAGAAGCUUUCCAUGAUGUUAUGCCAGAGAUGUUUGAGGAUUUACAACAAGCCCUGCCUUUGAGAGAUUACACAUUUGUUGGUGGAAAAUGUAAUGUAGCGUCAAGAUUACCUCACUUCUAUGUUAAACCUGAUUUAGGACCAAAAAUGUACAAUGCUUAUGGUUGGGUCACCGAAACAGACUGGAGACAAGGUACUACUAAUUUACAUCUUGAUAUAUCUGAUGCCGUAAAUAUCAUGGUUUAUGUUGGUAUUCCUGCUGAUGAACCUUUCCAAGCCAGAGAAACUCUAUUGCAGAUUGUUCGGGAAGGAGAAGUGGAUGAUUUACAAUUUACCAGAGCAAUAAUGGAUAAACCUGGUGCCUUAUGGCAUAUCUUUCAUCAGAGAGAUGUUGAUAAAAUCAGGCAGUUCAUAACCAAGGUUUGUGAUGAACGUGGAGAGACGGUUGCCCCUGACCACGAUCCCAUUCACGAUCAACAAAUAUAUCUCGAUAAACAGUUGCGUCACAGAUUAAAGGAAGAAUAUAAUGUGGAAGGUUAUGCUAUAUUACAAUGUCAAGGUGAUGGGGUUUUCAUUCCCGCUGGUGCACCACAUCAGGUAUUCAAUCUGCAUAGUUGCAUCAAAAUUGCAGAAGAUUUCGUAUCUCCAGAACACAUCGAUAAAUGUUUUCUGCUAACUAACGAAUUUCGUUAUCUUUCAUCGAAUCAUUCCAAUCACGAAGAUAAACUACAAAUAAAAAACAUGAUUUAUCAUGCUGUGAAAGACAUUGUUUCCAGUUCUUUACACACACACUGCCGUUGAAUACCAUAUUUCCCGAACCAUAACUGUCAUCGGGCUAUAAGACACAACGUUUUUUAAUGAGUAUCGGGUGACAGGACAAAUCUCAUUCAACAUAAAAACUAAAUUUUUUUAUGGCUAUUGUAUUUUAUUCCAAGAAAACGUAAAACGGCUGUUUGUUUAUGAAAAAAUAGUACUUGUACUGGUUGGUUUUGAGUGUAUGCAAUAAAGCAUAAAGGCACAACGGCUCUUAAGACGUGUGAUCGAUUUUUGAGAAAAAUGCUUUAUGGACACUUACUCGCAGUUCUGAUUUUACCAUUUACAACCAGGUACAGUAUUUCUGCUAUAGUCAUACUUGAUUUGUAAGAUAUUUUUAAACUUUUUUUUUGCAAGUUCAGCAGUGUCAGCAUCAAAAUUGUCUUAUGAUAAGUAAAGUGAAAUCAGAGAUAUACAAAACAGAUUGUACCCUAUUUAAAUUGUCUCAAAUCAAAUUCUCGAUUUUCAAAUAAUUUAGAAUCGCUUUCUUCGGUAAAAAAUUAUCAUUUUGAGUACCUGAAGUUUCACAUCAAACCAAAAAGGAUUUUCAUUUAGUUUCUUGAUAUGUGAAAAGGUAGAUAAUCAAGCCAAUUCAAUGAAUUUGUGUCAUAUCGGUUUUCCUGCAAUUCCAGAACAAGCUCAUCAAAUAUACAUUGACUCAAAAAAAUCUUAGUUGUGAAUUAAUUGAAAAAAAGUUAAAAAUAAUAGAAAUUUCUGUUAUCUGCACUUUUUUGUAUUGUACUAUUUAGGCAAUUUAUUUUGAGCAUGUUCCUACUUUACUAUAGUUUCAUUUUAUCUGGUUUAGAAUUAAUUCUCAGAAUGUUUUCGAUAAUCAGUAAUGGUAUUUGGUAAUAAUAUUGAAAUUUUCCAAACUUGUCUAAGCUUAGGGAAAGUUUGUAUUUAUUUCUUUGCGUUUCAUAUUUUCCUUUCAUACUUAGCAUUUGGACUUAAUAAGUUGAUAACAUAGUUUUCAUAUUCUGAUGGUUAAUCUAAGAUGACCAAGAUGAGAAUUUCCUCAAAUGCCAAAAAUUGGUGCUCCAGCGUUUGAAGCAGACGAAAUAUUGCCAUGUUUUAAUCCAGUGUGAGAUUUGCAUAAAAUAGCAUAUUUGACCUGUUUGCAAUUGUCAUAUCUGGUUAAUUUUGUGCCCGUCUUUUUUAUGUGUAUUCGUUGUAGCUAUUGGGUGCAGGUUUCUUUUCUAGGAGUUUUCAUUGAUUCGCUAUAACUUGUUUCUAAAGAAAUCUACUCUUGCUGAAUAUGCUUUAUGACUUUAGUGUGUUUUUAUCAGGGAUGUUAAGUAGGUGAUUCAGGUUUUUGCUCCCAGCUCCCAAGGAAAUUGAAUGGCAUAUGCAAGCUUUUUUUCAUUGUCUGCUUCGGGGUCUGCUCAGUGAUUGCUUCUAUGAGAAAUUUUAACGUCAAUUACAAUUAUAAAUACUGAUUUUUCAGUUUAGUCUUCGAUUCAGGCGGCUUUUAAAAUUUAUUCUCCGCUCUGACUGCAAUAUCAUCAAAAACAUUAACUCCAACCUCACAGCCAUAGUUUUUGUGAAAUUGAAAAAUUAAACAUUUAUAAGUGUUGAAUAAUAAUGGUGCCUGGAAUGAAAUAAGACUGCUGAUUCUGAUCAAGAAGGCCUCUCUCUCUGUUUCAUAAAACCAUUCGACAGUAUCUACACAUUUGUUGGUUCCCUGGUAUGGAAAUAUAGAAAGAGAAAAUCUGUAGCUAACUGUUCUUAAUUUGAGCAUUCACUCUGAUAAUAUGAAAUAUAAUCACCAAGGUGUAUGUCUAUAAGGUUCAACAUAAAAACUUGUUUCAUUAGCAACAUAUCAGAAUUCUAUAUUCUGAAUAUACAUUAAACAUGGUAUACAAAGAUGUUUUCAGUCAUUUUUCUCUUUAUAUCAAAAUUACACUUAUUGUACAUGUUUUUAUCACUAUAACUUUUUCCCUUGUGCUUGAAAGCGAUUUCAAGAAUAUAAUAAAGUGAAUUCAACUGAUGGGAUAUGUCAUACAGGUACAAGAUAUAUACUUUUCUGGGGCCAGAGAUAUCCAAACCAGUUUGUAGUCGGGUUUUCAAUAAUUUUUCCCUGAUCUGAAAUGAUUAAGAAGUCUUGGUUCGCCAUAUGAUUCAAGCCAUGUUAGCGGGGCGAUCCCGGACAAAUGUGAAAAAGAGAAUUUUAGUCUUAACUCGAAAGAAGUGUUAUGAUCAAUAUAGUUUAGUCUGUGAAGCAUUGAUGAUUUUGCUUGUACUGACUGCAUCAGAUUUUUUUGAUAUAAUUGUUCUUUCGUAACUUGUUUUGUUUGAUGUCCCUGUAGAUGUUAUGCUAAAAUUUAGUGUUUCUAUUUUUAUCCAUUUUGAUGUAAUUUUUUGAUAAAACCAAUAAACAUAGAACUGCAUGAGUACAGUUGUUUAAAAAUAAA